AUGCAAGAAUACAUUAAGCUGACUGUUUCAGCUGAGAUGAAGCAGCAAGUCCCCUCGUCCUAUAAGAAGAGGAAAUUUUCAAACAGUGAAGACUUUCUCAAUCUGAUAGUCAAAGAGAAGGUUGCUAGCAUUCCUCUUAUCGGAAUUAGGGCGACAAUGGUGAAUUUGCUUAUGAUUUUCUAUUUGAAAGAGCCAAACUCCUGUUUGGCAAGAACUCAUGCAAUCAGAAUCUCCACCAAGGCUAGGCAAAACAAAGACUGGGACUUUGAGAUCAAGGGAUAUUUUCCUGAUAAAGAUUGUAGGAUUGUUGACUCAAGAGGCAACACAAUGGCACAUGUAAUAAUUCCUGUUCAUGAAAGAAUAUAUAAAAAGUUUCAUUGUUUGUUUCUAUUGAAAUUCGGGGUGAAGAAGGAGUUGAUGGCAAGCAAGGAUCUCUACCAUGUUGUGGUGACACCAGACAUGGAUCAAGCUUUUGUUAUUGGGGUCAUUACCAUUCUUGAUUACAUAUAUGUUGAAUCCACUAGGUGCUAG